AUGAGACCAACAAGUAUAUUAACACGAUAUGCUGUAAAAGCACCAAAACCAGAAGUUCAACUUUAUAAAUUCCCAAGUCUUGAUCAAAUUAAAUCUUCAAAUUUACCAAAUAAUGGAUUUGGUAAAGGAAAUUAUUUUAUACCUAAAUCAAAAUAUAAUCAUUGGCCAGUAUAUUUAAAGAUUUCAAAUACUAAACAAAUUACAGAAAUUAGAAAAAUUAAAGGUGAUUUAAUCCAAUUCCGUUCUGAUUUAUUGAAAUUAAUUGGUGAUGAUAGUGUGAAAUUGGAAACUACUAUGAAUACAACUGCUGGCAUUUUAAAUAUUAAAGGUAAUGUUGUUAAAGAAGUUAAAGAAGUUUUAGAUAAAUACGUAAAUUAA